AUGAUGGAGUCCUUAAGGAUCUCCUACCAGGACACCAACUACAGGCGCUCUAUUCCAGCUGAAGAGCGCCUGUCCAUCUGUCUGCGGUUUCUUGCCACUGGGGACUCCUACAGGACCAUUGCGGGGAGCUUCAGAGUGGGCAUAUCCACCGUCUCCAUGCUCAUCCCAGAUGUGGUGGCAGCCAUCUGGGACUGCCUCGUGGAGGAGUUCAUGGCUGUGCCUGGAGCAGAGGAGUGGAGAUCCAGCGAUGGAGGCAUCGUGUCCAACUCUGCCUUUGGUAAUGACUGCCAGACUCCACUGCGACUCCACUCCAACUUCAGCUCAGCACAAAACCACAUCGUACUGGAGGUCCGGACCCGGUCUGGACUCUGUCUGGCCCCAGGCUCAGCUCAUGUGUGGUGUGUUUCAUGA